AUGAGUCAUAUAUAUGAUAUGCUUGGUAUUAAUGUAGAAAAGAUUAAGAGUAAAAAGAAACAAAAAGAAAAAAAAAGCAAAAAAGAAUUAAACUUUUUAAAGGAAAACGACAACCUCUUUUCACUUCCUACCUCUUCUAAAAUAAUAAACUUUAAUAAUAAGAAUGUUAGUAUAUGGAGAUUGAUUAAAUUUAGGAAUAAAUGUAGAUACGACGAUUUGAUAUUAAGGAAAUGGAAAAAAAUAGGUUAUAAAGAUGAUAAAAAAUUAUUUAAUGAAAAUAAUGUAGAAGAUGAUUAUUCUUUUGAACGAUUUAAUAAAAAAAUAAGUGUUGUAAAAUAUAAUGAUGAAUUUUAUAAUAGAGAGAUAAAAAAUAUGAAUAUGAAAUGGACUAAAGAAGAAACUGAUUAUUUAUUUGAUUUAUGCGAAAAAUACGAAUGUCAUUUUAUAAUAAUUUAUGAUGUUUAUGAUAAUAAAUACAAGAGAACAAUAGAAGAAUUAAAGGAUAGAUUUUACAGUGUUUCUAAGAAAAUUAUUGAAGAUACAUAUGAUCAAAAAAUAAAGUUAGAAGAAUCUAAAAAAAUAAAAAAUAAUAAUGAUAUAUUAAAAUUAAAAGAAGGAAAAGCAAAACAUCCAUUAAUCAAAUUUACUUAUAACAUGGAAGCUGAUAUAGAAAGAAAAAAUUUAUUACAUAAAACAUACAUAGUGUCUAAAAAAGACAUAAUGCUAGAAGAAACAACUAUGGAAAAUAUUAAGAAAUUUGAAAAUAAAAUAAAACAUGAAUUAAAAAAAGCUUCUGAUAUGAAAAAGUUGAAAAAAAAAUUCGAAUUGACAAAUGAUGAGAUUGUUCCAAUAAAUAAAAUACCCGAAGAUGAUAAAGAAGAAAGAAAUGUAUAUAGUGCUAGAUAUUAUUUUCAAAAACUUAAAAUAGAUGUAUCUUAUUUUGAUAAGUUAGACGCAUACUUGAAAGAUAAUAAUAUAGAAAAACCGACAAUAUAUACCGAAAGCAUCUGCUUUUUAUAUGGAACUGAUGUAGCAAUAUUAUUGAAUUUGAGAAAAAAAAUUGAAAAAUUAAAACAAGAAAAAGAAUUUUGGAAUAAUCAAGUGAAUAACUUAGAAGAAGGAUAUUUAAAAAGUAAAAAUAAAAUAUAG